AUGGCCACGUUCACUCGUUUCAUCAGUCUCGUCCUGCUGCUUCAGAUCGGUCUGUCUCAAGCAGGACAUGUUGGCCAUGGCCACCUCCAUGAGAAAAGAGAAAUCCAUAAACGCGCGGCAUCAGUUAAUUAUGCACUUCCAGGCAAUUGGACAUACGUGUCCUGCACCGUUGACAACGUUGGCUCGCGAACUCUGCCGAGCAAGACCACUGCCUCCGAUGACAUGAGCGAGUUAAAAUGCAUCCAAUACUGUGACUCUUUUGGCUAUGCAUACGCAGGCGUAGAAUAUGGAGCCGAAUGUUACUGCGCCAAUACACUGCGCACGUCGGGCGUUCCGGCACCCGAGGCCGACUGCAACAUGCAGUGUGCCGGUAAUGAGUACGAGCUCUGCGGAGGACCGAACAGAUUGAAUGUCUUCCACAACGCUGCCGCCGUUGUAUCAGCUGCUGGACCUGCUACGAAUGCCGGGCCUCAAGGAUGGGGUUUUCAGGGCUGUUACACUGACAGUGUUGCGGGGAGAACCCUCGGGGUCGGCAUGGAAACCGCAGGUGGUCCGCAGAAGCUGACGGUAGCUCUCUGCACCCAAGCAUGUGGUGCUGCCGGCUACAACAUUUCCGGUGUCGAGUAUUCAGGCGAAUGCUUCUGUGGCAACCAAUACUCAAACGGCGGCUCACCAGCUCCUGAUGGCCUCGAUGGGUGCAACAUGCUUUGUAACGGCAACAUCACCGAAUACUGCGGUGGCCCUAAUCGACUAAACGUCUAUGCCAAAGGCGUACGUAGCGCCAUCGCCCCGGACUGGUCAUCGCAAGGCUGCUAUGUCGACAAUGUUAACCAGCGAACACUGAGUGUGGGCAUCGCUACUCUUGGCGGUGCAGCUAACAUGACGGUCGAGAACUGCCAGAACGCAUGCUACAAGGCUGGAUACCCCAUCGCAGGUCUCGAGUAUGCUGGCGAAUGCUACUGCGAUACCGCGUACCGCAAUGGUGGCGGCCCAGCCCCAGAUGGCGACGCGCAAUGCUUCAUGUCCUGUAACGGAAACUCGAAGGAGAUCUGUGGUGGGCCCGACAGACUGAAUGUCUACCAAUACGUCGGCAGCACGCCACCCGUUGCUCCUUCGCCAGACAAUCCGCCGGACCCUCCUGCAAACCCGGAUCCAGAUCCAACUGAACCAAACGAUCCGACUACCCCGCCAGUAGUACCAGCAGGUCUUCCACCGGGUUGGUCAUACAAUGCCUGUUAUGUUGACAACAAAAAUGGCCGUAUUCUUGGACAUCAGCAGCCUGAUUCGGGUAGUCAGACGGUGGAGAACUGCAUCUCGGCCUGUGCAGCUGCUGGUUAUGGCAUUGCUGGUCUUGAGUACUCGGCUCAAUGCUUCUGCGACAACUUCAUGAUCAACGGCGGUGCAAAGGCGACAUCUGAAACUCAAUGCGCCAUGCCGUGCAGCGGUAACAGCACCGAGAUCUGUGGGGGACCCGAUCGUAUGAGCAUCUACUCGAACCACACCUUCCAGACAUAUGCUCCACCAGUAGCUCAAACCACCGACCUCCCUGAUGGCUUUGCCUACCAAGGCUGUUUGUUGGAUACGCAAGCUCGCGUCUUCCCCUAUCAGAUCACCUACUAUGAGACUAAUUUGACUGUUCCUCUCUGCUUGGCGCGCUGUGCUGCCUAUGGCUUCAGCGCUGCUGGCGUUGAGUAUGGCAAUCAGUGCUUCUGCGGUGACGAUUCGGACCGUGUAUCCUCUGGCACAGCUUAUGCUCCGGAAGCUAACUGCAACUUCAACUGCGUUGGUGAUCCAGGGCACAACUGUGGCGGUGCGGGAACGAUGAACUAUUAUACUGCGCCGGCGUUGAACAACUGGGGCACCGCUGUUGGUGAUGCUGCAGGGGAAUACAAGUUCUUGCUUGGAGGCGUUGUCAUCCCCCUCAUCACCACCGCCAAUCGCAAUGGUAAAGUCAUGUUUGUUGAAAAGCAAGGCACCGGUCCCCCGAACAGCACUGGCGCUUUCGAGCUCGAUCUGUCCCAGACCGACAACUUUGACCAAGCUUGGCGUACUGUACACGGCAUCAAGACUGAUGUGUUUUGCUCAGCCGGCCUUACUCUUCCAGACAAGAAGGGUCGUCAGAUCAACAUCGGCGGGUGGUCGGCCGAUUCGUUGUUUGGUGUGCGAUUCUUCACCCCUGAUGGGUCGCCCGGUAACGCAGGUGUGAACGACUGGGAAGAGAACGUUCAAGAGGUCGCUCUACAGGUUGGUCGGUGGUAUCCAACCGCACUACAGCUCGUCAACGGCUCGAUUCUGAUUGUGGGUGGUGAAGAUGGCUCUAAUGGUGCGGCUGUGCCUAAUCUCGAGGUCCUUCCACGUCCUCCAGGGGGCCAGUUGGUCCAUUGCGACUGGCUUGAACGCACGGAUCCACUGAAUCUGUACCCUUUCAUGGCUAUCCUUCCGACUGGUGGCAUCUUGGUGCAAUAUUACAAUGAGGCCAUCAUCUUGGAUGAGCAAACGUUCGAGAUCACCCGUCAACUCCCACCAGUUCCAGGUGCUGUCAACGCCGACACUUCGGGGCGCACGUACCCGCUCGAGGGUAGCAUGAUGAUCCUGCCUCAGAAAGCACCUUAUUCGGAUCCUCUCAAGGUGAUUCUUUGUGGUGGCAGCACUUCCUAUGGAGGACCUACCUUGGACAACUGCGCCUCUAUCAGCCCCGAAGAUCCAACUGCGCCCUGGGAGCUUGAGCGCAUGCCAUCGAAGCGAGUCAUGCCGACUAUGGUCGCCCUGCCUGAUGGGACAUAUCUCAUUAUGAACGGCGCGCAAAAGGGUAUCGCCGGCUUUGGUCUGGCAGAGGAACCCAACCACAACGCUGUCCUCUACAACCCCGAAGCUCCCAAGGGUUCCCGCUUCACUCGCCUUGCCAACACUACCAUCGACCGCAUGUACCACAACGAGGUCACUCUCCUGCAAGAUGGCCGUGUACUCGUUACUGGCUCCGAUCCUCAGGAUUAUAUCCUGCAACGCUUCCCGCAAGAGUAUCGCGUGGAGAUCUUCAUUCCCCCAUACCUGCAUGCUUUGAAGGAGCCUCUUGCCAUCAACACGUCGCAGCCCCUCGGCCCUAAUGUCACGCUUUCCUCGCUUGUUAACUCUACGUCACUCGCGUCCAAUGCCACAAGCCCGUAUUCCAACUCCUCCAUUGCCGCCAACGACGCCGCCUGCAGCUACACCCAGCGACCCGUAUACGUGCUCAACAGCCAAGGUCUGACAGAUCCCGAUAACGACGUCAGCUAUCAGCAUGGUGAUACCAUCUCUAUCACCAUGAUCUGCGGGACGCCGGCCAAGAUCUCGCUCAUGGGUGCUGUCUCUACCACGCACGGCAACUCGAUGGGCCAGCGCACAAUCUUCCCCAGUUACACUUGUGAUGGCAAUACAUGCAGAAUCCAAACGCCGCCAAAUGCCCACAUUACCGGCGGCCCCAACUGGUUCAUGCUCUUUGUGCUCAAUACGCAGAACAUCCCCAGUUUCGCACAGUGGGUGCGCAUUGGCGGUGAUCCUGCAGGCCUGGGCAAUUGGCCCAACUACGACGACUUUACGCUGCCAGGUGUUUAG